GCCGGGCUUUGGCUCCUUGGCCUUGGUCUAUAUGACUACCCCGCGUCGCACUCAUCUCGGCUCCACCUCUUCUCUAUAUCUCACUAUCUCUACACAAGCACAAUCCUCUUCACCGAUCAACCAUGUCAAGCAACAACAGUGCAUCCAGCAGUACCCGCGCCCUCGUUCAGCUUGCAACAACACCACCCAGUCUCGCCCUCCAACCCUUGACUUUGCCUGCCCUCGGCUCAGGCUCAGGCUCAAGCUCAAGUGCGGGAGCGAAUGGACCCCGUGCAGCACGUCUGGCCUUGAGUCAUGUAGCGCAGAACCCCACGGAUGUGCAGUCCCUUGACUCGAACGCUUUUGGAGAAGGGACUGUACUGGGAUGCGAUGUCCUUGGUAUUGUCGAGGAGGUCUCCCAAGGCGGGGGCGAAAUUGAUUUCACUGCUGGUAGCGCUGGAGGGUCUCAUGCUGGUGAUGUAGCCCACCAAGUGCAGAAGGGGGAUCUCCUCGCCGGUCUAAUCUGGGGUGGAGAGCACAAAGGUCUUGGAGGGUACUCGCACCACACUAUCCUCCCCGACACACGCAUCGCCUUUCGUAUCGAUGAGGAGCUCGAAGCUCGCUUCGGCCGUGCGGCAUUGAGCACACUGCCCCUCGCAGCAGCUACUGCAGAGUUGGCUUUAUUCUCUUCUUCUUGCCUCGGGAUUCCACAGGACGACGAUGGGAAAAAGACGCCCGUUCUCAUCUGGGGUGGAUCCUCCUCUGUAGGAUCCUACGCUAUCCAACUUGCUGCGCUGCGCGGUUUGCAAGUGUACACUACUGCCUCUCCCGCACAUCAUGAGCGUCUUCGCUCCCUAGGUGCACACGAAGUGCUAGAUUAUCGCUCUCAAGACGUUCCUGCGCUUCUCAAGGAACGAGGAGUAAGCAUCAAGCACGCAUUCGACUGUAUCGGUUCAACCCCAACCUCGCAAGCCUGCUCCCAAGUCGUCGGCGAUGGAACAAUCUGUACCGUCCGUCCCGGCCUGGGCGGUACGGAGAAAUGCCUCAAGGAAACACGCAAGACAGACGUCCUUGUCUGGACCGUCUUUCUGACUGAUCAUGCGUAUGGACCACUCAAGUGGCCUGCAUCAGAGGAGGAUCAUUCGCUGGGUGUUCAACUCUUUGAAAACAUUCCACAGUGGUUGAAGGAGGGGAAAUUGGUACCUAAUCAGGUUAAAUUGCUGCAGGGAUUGGAGAGCGUAAAGGAGGGGUUCCAGAUGCAUCGCGAUGGGAAGCUUUCGGGAGAGAAGAUCGUUUACGCGAUUUGAGAAACAGAGAGAUGGAAAUAGCCGUCACAGAGAUCACAGAGAGAGUAGGUCGUGCAUGUGUGUAUCAUGAUUACUUCGUUACUAUUUACAAGAGUGUGUACGCAAAAGGGAGCAAGGAGACGUGAAUACAACAGACGCUUGCCCCAUGUCUUACGUGUCCCACUCUCUAUGCGUCGAGAGAGCCUUCUCUCCUGUUCUUCCUCUGUCUGCCUGCUCUCUCAAGCUCAAGCAACCCCAGUACCAGCACCAGCGCUUACGGGCGUCCCAUUAGAGUAAGGCACUCUUCCCAAGG